AUGAAGCUGGACGCCAUCCCGCCAGAGCUGCUCACCACCAUCGCCGACUUCUCCUCCACCCACCGCGACACAAACGCCCUCGCCCGAUGCAGCUCCCGCUUACACGCCAUCCUCAACCCCUUGCUCUACCGCCAAAACGCAAAGUCCUCCCACAGCGACGCCCUCGCCUGGGCCGCGAGAACAGGCAACAUGGCGACGGCCAACAAGGCCCUGGCCUACGGAGCCGAUCCCAACGCAUCCAAAAGGGGCGAGUUCGGCGCCCUUCGAUGGGCUGUUGCGCAGGGCCACUUGGACAUUGUCCGGCUGCUGCUUGAGCAUGGGGCUUCCCUGAGGGACUCGAUGCUCAUCGUCACCGCCGCAGGCCGUGGAUUCGACGACAUUGCCAGACUGCUUCUGGAUAACGGCGCAGACGUAAACGCCCUGGGAUAUCUAGGCAAGACGCCGCUGCUCUUCGCCGCCCAUGAAGGCAACGAAAGGACCUUUGACCUCCUCCUGCGUCGAGGCGCC